AUGGCUUUCGAGUACCGUAUGCCCGGUACCUACUUCGACGCACAGCCCGGAGGAGUUCACCCCGGUGUCUUCCGAACCCCUUCUUCUCCCUCCGCAAGCUCCUCCUUCUACCUAGCACGAUCUACUGGAAGCUUCCACUCCGAUGCUGCGAAGCGAAACCGUAAACGUCGAAACGAUGUCUCCCGCGAGGCGACCCCUCUGCACGACUGGUGCGAUGGGAACAUGAGCCUCGAUAGCUCAGGCCAUCUGCCCCCGAAUCAAGAGACGCCCCAGCCGAACCGAGAGGCCCGCUACACACUCGCCGGCCAGCUCGAGACCCCCGGCACUGCCGCCAAACCGCCCUUCGAGAACGGCGCACUCGACGAGAGCACCUACUCGGAUGCCGACUACAGGAGACAGCUGGGAUCGAAACGGCCCCACGAGGAGAUAGAGUCGCCCGUCUGCUCUCAACCAACAAUGCUUGUGCAGCCCCAGCCCGUUUCGCUGGGGUGGAGCCGUUUUGCCAUCAACACCAUUGGCGGUGUAGUCGGCAAAGUCUGGGAGUUUUGCAAGGCCGGUCCAUUCAGAGGCUUCUCCGCUGGAGGCGGCAAAGCCUACACUAUCGACGGCCAGAGCCUGCCCAGUCCGGCGCCCGAGCCCAGCCCCGAGCUUCAAGCUCAGCUAUCGGAGAAGUCGAUUGUCCUUGGCAUCGAGAGUCCUCAGCCCAGCGCUCCUGUCCUCGACAUGACGCCGCCUGGUGGAUUUCCUCAGCCCGACUUCAUCAUUGCGAACGCUUUCACGACCACAAACCCCUUUGCCCACGAGGCCCAAGAUAUCCAAGAUACCAUUGCCCCCGAAACUACUCCGUCACGCCCAGCUGUGAAGCGUAGGCAGACUAGCGCCGGGAACCAUGAUGAGCUUCGCAACUGGGUUGUGGUGGACGACCAGGCUGCUGCCCACAGGAGAACUCUGCCACGGCCAGCAUCGCGUCCGGUGUCUCGUAACACAAGAGCAUCCAUGGUGACCGGACGCAGAAUCAGUGUCCCCAAGCCGCGCCUUAGCUCGACUCCCAACACCCAACGUAGGCCGACUACCAGCCACAGUAACAUCUCUCACGCUGGAACCGCUUCAAUGUCUCCGCGGCAGCCCGCCAGCUUCGCCGGUGCCUGGUCGCCCGAAACCACUACCCAUUUUACAGGCCCGUCUCCGAGCCGAAUCCCUCUGCCGACCCAGCCUGCCGGCAUGAGCCCCAAUCCCUUCGCGAGACCCAGCAACCCGAACAUGCGCCAAAGCGCCAUUCCCUCGCCGGUCCAGCCCAAGACCAGCCCCAAGUCACACCGACGCUCGCAUAGCAAUGCAUCGGCAGCGACGUCACGGGGAAGACAGAAGGAAUUCGGUGUUGACUCCAUCCGUGCAAGUCCUCGUCUGGAUGCCGAGGCCAAGAAACUAGCGGCUAGGAGGGUCCGCGAUGAGCAUGAUUCAGACGCGCGAAUUGACGAUUUGAACCAGAGACUGAAGGAGAUGAUCCGCCAGGGCCGAGAAGCCCUCGGUACGAAGAUCGAAAUUGACGGUGACGACGGUGGAUGGAUGGACGAUUGA